AUGCUGCAGCUUGUUGUGGAGUCAGCAAAGAUUAAUCCACCCCUAACUCCCCCACCCAGACCCUGUGUGUCUGUCUACUUCAGAGACAUCAAGAAGAAAACUCGUGAGGUGGAAGGAAAUAACCCCACAUGGAACGAGACCCUUAUCUGGCACCUCUGGAACCGCCCCCUACAGAAUGACUCAUUCUUGCAAGUCAUCCUCCGGGACUUGGGCGCAAUAAAGAAAGAAAGGUUCAUUGGCCUAGCAACAAUACUGCUGAAGCCCUUGGUGAAAAAACCCAGAGAGGUCCUUUUUGUGAAGGAUCUGGUCCUACUCAACCAUUCCAUGAAGCCCACAGAUUGCUCUAUCACCCUUCAUGUGGCCCAUAUGACCACCCAGGAUAUUGAGAAGACAGGGGAUAAAGACCUCCUGGGCAUAACUGCACAAGAAGUAGCCCAGCAGAAAUUGAUGGUUCCCAGCUAUGCUGCACACAAAGAGCUGUCUUCAAAACCUCAGCACUUUCAGGUCCAAGUGAAGGUGUUUGAAGCCCGCCAGCUCAUGGGCAACAACCUCAAGCCAGUGGUGAAGGUAGUCAUUGGAGGCAAGCAGUACUACACUCGGACCAAAAUGGGAAACAACCCUUUCUUCAAUGAGAUCUUUUUCCAGAAUUUCCAUGAGGUUCCUGCAAAGUUCUUCGAUGACACCAUCUUAAUCCAGGUGAUGAAUUCCUCAGUGAUGAGAUACAAUGCAGAGAUCGGGAGGUUCCAAACAGAUAUUGGAUUUAUCUACCAUUCUCCGGGUCACACACUACUGCGGAAAUGGUUAGGCCUCUGCAACCCAAAUGAACCCAGCAGUGGUGUGAGAGGCUACCUGAAGGUCACCAUCUGUGCUGUCGGUGUGGGAGAUCAGGCCCUGGUAGAUCAAAAGAUGCCCUAUGGAGCUGAUGACACCAAUGUUCAGAUCUUCAAGUCAGCGAUGGUCCCCAUCAAAAUGGCCUACUUACAGUUCUUCAUCUACUGCGCAGAGGACCUUCACCUCAAGAAAUACCACUCAGUGAGUCCUGUGUUGGAGGUAGAACUAAUUGGGGAAAAGCUUAAGACACAGGUGAAGACCCAAACAGAGAACCCAAUCUGGAACCAGAUCCUGACCUUCCAGAUUCAGCUGCCCUGCCUCUCCAGCUACAUCAAGUUCAGAGUCUUGGACUGCUCCAAGGGCAACUGCAGGAAUGAAAUUGGAACUGUCAGCCUGUUCCUCAACCAGAUCUCAUCCACAGGAGCAGAACUGGAAGGGACGUACUCUGGUUUUCUACCCUGCUUUGGCCCCAGCUUUCUGACUCUCCAUGGGGGUAAAAAGGCCCCUUUCCAGAUCCAAGAAGAAGGCUCUACUAUUCCCAGCUCUGUUAAGGAUGGUUUGGAGUAUCGAGGCCGGGUCUUUGUGGAGUUAGUCACCCACAUCAAGUCCCACCAAGAUACUAGGAUGAAGGACCUCUCCCAGGACGUGACCAGCGUAGAGAAGCAACAGAACCGCCAAAAGUAUGGGCUGUGCGUCAUCUUCCUUUCCUGUACCAUGAUGCCCAACUUUAAGGACCUGAUCCAAUUCGAGGUCAGCAUCGGCCACUAUGGAAACAAGAUGGACCUGAAUUACAAGCCUCUCGUCUCAACUACACAGUAUAGCCCAGUGAUAUAUGAUGGGAACAUCUACCAUUACGUGCCCUGGUACAACACCAAGCCGGUUGUGGCAGUGACCUCCUACUGGGAGGAUGUCAGCUUCCGCUUGAAGUGCCUCAACCUUCUCCACUUCGCCCGGGACCGCCUGAAAGCCAACCUGGACACCCUGAAAUCUAUGAGGAACCCAAGGGACCCUGCUCUGCUCCACCAGUGGAAGAAACUGCUGAGGGAGCUGGUGGAGGACUGCAAGCGCCCUCUGCCCUGCAUGACCACUCAUCCCAAAGCCACUGACCUGGACAAGAAGAGGUGGCAGCUGCGUAGCCUCCUCCUGCAGGAACUGGCCCAAAAGGCCAAGGAAGCCCAGCCUAGGGACAUGGUGGCCACCGUGGAGGGCUGGCUCUACCGCCUCAAUGCUGUGCUCCCUGAGCCCCAGGUGAGCCUUCCAGAUGUGAUGAUCUGGCUAAUGGCCAAGGAGCAGAGAGUGGCCUAUGCACAGGUGCCUGCCCACAGCAUCCUGUUCUCCCCGACGGGGGCCCUGUACUGCGGCAAGUUCUGUGGGAAGACACAGACCCUCCUCCUACAGUACCCAGAGGGCGAAGGACAGAAGAACACGCUCCCGGCCCACCUCCGGGUCUGCAUGUGGCUGGGCAACACCGCUGACAGCGCGAACCUGCAGCUGCGCAGAGAGGGCAAGGUGGUGGUGUAUGCAGAGACGUAUGAGAACCAGGCCAAGUAUAAAGACCAGUGGGGGCAGCAAAGGCUGUACCACUGCCCCAACUUCUCUGACGUCCUGGGGCACAAGGCUCUCCCCAAGGAGGAUUUCAAGGAGCCCCCGGGAUGGCACUGGCAAGGGCAGUGGACAGUGGAGCCUCAGAGGAGGCUUCUCCUGGACACAGACAUCAACAAGAGCCAGGUGCUGGAGGAGGUGUAUGAGAACCAGCAGCGGGACAUCACGGGGGCCUGGGUGCCAGCAGCCAUCCCCAACACGGAUGUGAAUGGACAGCCUGUAGAGGCUCGGGAGAAUGUGAAGUGCCCCCAAGGCUGGCACGUGAAGAAGAACUGGACCGUGGAGCUAAACCACGCAGUGGACAAUGAGGGCUGGGAGUACGGCGUGGGGAUCGAGCCCUCGGGCCUGCCCCUGGUCUGGAACUCAGUGGAGAAGACCUACUACUCGUGCCGGCGGCGGCGCUGGGCACGCGUGCGUUGGCGGAACCACGGGAAGCUGAACCUGGAGCAGGAGACCCUGUCCUUCCUGCAGCUGGAGGAGGAGGGCUGGGAAUACGGUACCAUGGGCUCCAAGUUUGACCUGAACCCUCAGCCCCAGAGCCGGUUUCGCCGCCGCUGCUGGCAUCGCAGGCUGGCCCCCAACAAGGACAAGGGCAUUGCACCUAUAUUCCUCCUGGAGGGAUCCUUGGGGAAAGAUCUGAAACAGCAGGCUGAGAAGGAAGAGAACAAGACACCGUCACGGGGCCUGAGCAAAACGUUCAGGGACUCCUGGUGGCCUGCCCCAGAGGACACCAAGCCACCCCACCUGCCCUUCAUCUAUUGCAUCUUCAACAAGCCACACUACUACCAGCUUUUCUGCUACAUCUACCAGGCCCGGAACCUGAUGGCCAACCAGAUCCAGACAUUCCAGGGGCCCUUCGUUCGGUUGGUCUUUUUAAACUAUAGCCAGUGCACCCAAACCCUGAAGAGCUCUGUAGCCCCGACGUGGGCCCAGACACUCAUCUUCCAGCACCUCCUUCUGUAUGAGAACCCUCAAGACACCAGAGAGAGCCCCCCACUCGUGGUGCUGGAACUGUGGCAGCGGGACUCCCAGGGCAAAGAGAGCUUCUGGGGACGGAGCAUGUGGUCCCCAGUGGUCUGGCUGGAUGUUCAACACCGGAUCCUGCCCCCCAUGAGGUGGCACCCCCUUGGAAAAGAGUUGCAGAAGGAAGAGGGUGAGAUCUUGGCAUCCUGUGAGCUGAUCCUCGAGACUGAGGUACUGGGAAAGAGGGCCCCACGCGCCUACAAGACGCUGCCAAUCUUAAGUGUUCCCUGGAAGAAUGGGGUCUACACCCUCCCCAAAAGCAUGCAGCCCACGCUAAGGAAAAUGGCAGUUGAGAUCCUGGUCUGGGGGCUCCGGAACAUGAAGCGGGUGCGUUCCCCCUGGCUGCUGGUGCAGUGCUGGGAAGAGACCGUGCAGACAGAGCCCAUCAGGGACUUCCAGACCAACCCCAACUUCGCCCAGUCAGUCCUCUUCCUCACACUGUUCAUGCCGACAGAGGGGGCCUACGCGCUGCCCCUUGUGUUGAAGGUAGUGGACAAUCAGGACUUCGGCCAGCAGACCAUGGUGGGACAGGCCAACAUCAACUCCCUGCAGCCCUACUUCUGUGACCCCUGGGCCUCAGACUAUGUGCCCCCACGGCUCCCAAAGCUGUCUGUGAACAAGCACCAGCUCCUAGAUAACCUCAUUGAAAAGUUCUGGUUCAAGUCCAGCAAAGCCAAGGAUGAAUAUGAGCAUGAAGUGGACUGGUGGAGCAAGCUGUUCUGGGCCACAGGCGACCCCAAGUCCCUCAAGUACAAGGACAAAGACUACCAUACCCUGAAGGUGUAUGACUGCGAGCUGGAGGCCGUGCCAGCCUUCCAAGGCCUGCAGGACUUCUGUCAGACCUUCAAACUCUACGAGGAACAGCCCAAGUCAGACAGCCCUGUGGUAGGGGAGUUCAAGGGCCUCUUCCGUGUCUACCCCUUUCCUGAGAACCCAGAAGCCCCCCAGCCCCCCCGCCAGUUCUCACUUUUGCCCGAUAAAGACGACUUCCCUCAGCAAUGCUUGGUGCGAGUGUACGUGGUGCGAGCAAUCAACCUACAGCCCCAAGACUACAGUGGCCUGUGUGACCCUUACGUGAUCCUGAAAGUGGGACAGACAAAACUGGGCAACCGGGACAACUACCAGCCCAACACUCUGGAUCCCAUCUUUGGCAUGAUGUUUGAAGUGAGUUGCACCAUCCCUCUGGAGAAGGACCUAGAGAUUGAGCUGUAUGACUUUGACCUGUUUUCACCUGAUGAUAAGAUUGGAACCACAGUCAUUGACCUUGAAAACCGACUCCUGUCUGGCUUCGGAGCUCGCUGUGGGCUUUCCCAAUCCUACUGCCAGUCAGGGCCCUUUAGGUGGCGGGAUCAGGUGCCCCCAAGUUUACUCUUGGAACACCACGCCAAGCGGAAAGGAUUGCCUCCACCUCUAUUCAGCCCUGAGGGUGACUCUGUUUUUUACAAUGGGAAAAAAUUCAAGCUGCAACGCUUUGAGUCCAAGCCCCCUACUGCUCAAUACUUGGGACGCAAGAAGGAGCGCCUUGCACUGCACCUCCUGCACACCCAGGGGCUGGUACCUGAGCACGUGGAGACCCGGACACUGUACAGCAACAGCCAGCCAGGCAUUGACCAGGGCAAGGUGCAAAUGUGGGUGGACAUCUUUCCCAAGAAACUGGGGCCUCCUGGCCCCCCAGUCAACAUCAGGCCAAGGAAGCCUAACAGGUAUGAGCUGCGCUGCAUUAUCUGGAAAACUGCCCACGUGGACCUGAAGAGUGUCAGUUUAAGUAACGAGAAGAUGAGCGACAUCUUCGUCAAAGGGUGGCUAUUCGGGCUAGAGAAUGACAUGCAGAAGACAGAUAUCCACUACCACUCCCUCACUGGGGAGGGCAUCUUUAAUUGGAGAUUCGUCUUCACCUUGGACUACCUGGCAGCUGAAGAAGUGUGCGUCCUGAGCCAGAAGGACUACAUGUGGAGCCUGGACCCCACAGAGAUGAAGUUUCCAGCCCGGCUCAUCAUCCAGAUCUGGGACAAUAACAUCUUCUCCAGUGAUGAUUUCCUAGGGGUCCUGGAGCUGGAUCUGUCUGACAUGCCCCUCCCAGCCCAACACGCAAAGCUGUGCUCCAUCAGGAUGAUGGACGCUGACUCCAAGUGGCCCCACUUCCUCCAGCACAAGCACUUCUCCCUCUUUCAGAAGAAGACUGUAACCGGCUGGUGGCCUUGCCAGGUCCUUGAGGAUGGCAGAUGGCGCUUGUCGGGUAAAGUGAAGAUGACGCUGGAGAUUCUGUCAGAAAAGGAAGCUUUAAUCAGGCCAGCAGGGCGAGGCCAGUCAGAACCUAACCAAUACCCUACACUUCACCCUCCACUGCGCACCAACACCUUGUUCACGUGGUUUCAGUCACCUAUUAGAAACUUCUGCCAUGUUUUCUGGAAACGUUAUCGCUUCAAAAUCAUAGUUGGCUCAAUCAUAUUGAUUGUUGGGCUUAUGCUGUUCAGCUUCAUAUACUCAACUCCGAACUAUUUGGCCAUGAGCUGGAUCAAGCCUGAACUUCGGCUGAAUGUGCCCGUAAAACUAUUCACCAAUACCAUCAAUUCACUGAACACCAGCAAUGACAGCUCUUCCAUCCCCACCACCAAGCAUCCUAACCUAGAGCCUACAACAGGCCAUCAGCCGAAACUCCUGCAGGGACCCAUGAAUCACCUGCAAGAUAUUUUUCCAGAACUUCCAGCCCCACGAGGCUAA